AUGGCAAUGGCAUCUGGAGGAAGAAAACCAUUCUCUCUGUCUAAGUUACCCCAAUCUGAUAGUAGACCUACCAGAUAUUCUGCAGGAGAUGAUCAAAAUGAUGCUGAACCUCAGAUGAAUUCCUCAAAGAAAAAUGUCCCUAAAGAAGUUAGGAUUAAUAACUGGGAUUUUGCUGAUUGGAGGCCAAAUUCAGCUUCUACUGAUUCCAAAAGAAGGAAGAAGUCAAAAGGCAAUCCAGAACGUGAAAGAGAACAAUCUUUAUCAUUAGAUUCUCCUCCUCAGAGAGACAAAAAACCUAGGACACCAUCAACGUUUCCUCGAACCAAAAUUGGACCAUCCACUCCUACUUCACAGAAACGAGCUCUGGAAAAUCUUCGUAGUAGAAUGACAUUUAGUGAAACCGAUGAGGGAAGCACUGAUGGUGAACCAAAUAAUGAAAGGGUAGUUUCAAAACGUCGUUUGAAUCCUCCAAAUUUUUCACGUCAAGACACAAAUAGUACAGAAGAGGGUGCUAGUCAAGCCAAUUUAACCAAUCGUAACAACAAUAGAGAUAACUCUGUCCAGGAUCUUGGGUUGGAUAGUAAUCAGAUAGUGGGAAGAUUGAUGCAGAUUAGAGAUUAUAUAAAACAAGCUAACACAAUGAGAGAUACUCUUAAUAAAUCCAAGGAGGCUAGAGAUAAAGAGAAAGUGAUUAAAUUAAAACAUGUGAUUGAUAAUUUAGUGAAACAGGAAAUUUAUACACUGGAAACUUUACACCAGUUGUCGAAAAGUAAUAAAGAUGAUAUGGAUAAGUUGAAAAAACUUGUAGAUAAUUUAAAGGAUCAAGAGAGGGGCUAUAUGGGCUUACUUCAGAGAAUGUUGGCAUUACGCGAUGAAGGUGUAUUAGAGAAUGGUAAUGGUACACUUCAUGCAUUAUUACCUGAUUUAGAAGACAAUGAUUACAGUGAUAAUAAUAAUGAUAAUGACAAUGAUGAUGAUAAUGAAGAUAAUAAAUCAGAAUCAGAUGAUACAGUGUCUGUUGAUUUAGAGGUACAAACUAAUGCUUCAGACACAACAACAGAGGAGCGUACCAAUAGUUCAUCAUCACGACCCUACAUAGAAGAUAAACUUGGUGAUACAGAUGAUGAAAACGAAAGUAGACGAAGUUCUAAAGAAUCUAAUAAUAUGGAUAAUACACUGGUAGCACAACGUAAUGCACAGGCUGUUGAGUGGGAUUUUGGAGUUGACUCGAUAGAUGGUUUAGACAAUCUUCUACCAGGCUCUUUAGAUGCCAUGAGAGCAAAUGAACUUGCAGCUUUACAACAACAACAAAACCUACUGAAAAUACUGGCUGAAAAACAGGAACAAUUACGUGCUCUUCAAGGUAGACAGGAUGCUCUGGUAGCUAUGCAUAAAGAAGCAGAGAAGAAACUACAUAUAGCACAAAAUAAAGAGAACAAAGCUAAAGCAGCAGUAAAAACAGCAUCUGAAGCUGUACGUCAUGCCAGUAAUAGUAAUCCUAAUUUAACACCCACUGAUGAUGUAGAAGAGGACCCUGAAGCAGAGUUAUCAUCUACCCAAACUCAACUAGAACAACUUGUGAGGAUGAAAAACAGACUUGAAAUGUUAAAAAAUGCCUCCACAGAACUGGCUGCUGAAGAAGAACAAGCUGGGAAUGAUAUGGCUAUAUUACAAACAGCUACAGAUGAUGAGCCUGGACGCCAACAGCUACAAGAUAAACUGGAAGAUUUACAAGACAAGAAAGACAGAAUGAAUGAUCUGUUGAUGGAAUUACAAACUCUGCGAUCACAAAGAUUCGAAACUUUGUUACAAAAUGAUAGUGAGGGAGCAUCAGCAACAGCACCGGUAGUUGCUCCUCCUGCCCCAAACAGUAGAUCAUCAUCUCAAAUCAAACUAACUGACGCUUUAUCUACACUAGACCAAGCUGACUCUACAGCUGAAUCUGCUGAACAAGUUUUAAGUAUGAUGGAUGCCCAGACAAAACUAGAGAAACUUCAAGAAGUUAAAGGUAGAUUAGAUCAGUUAAGAGGAUUAGUACAGUAUUACCAGGGUAAUAAGACUAGAUCUGAUGGUGAUGGUGGUGAAAUCAGAGACCAAUCAUCAGCACCAACUUACAGUGAUUAUGGAGAUACAGAAUCUUUAGAAAAUGCCAGAAGAGCUCCAAUUGAUGCUGAGAAGAUAUUUCAAACUGGUAGUCAACUGAAUGUUUUAGGUAGCGUACCUGGUGCUACCUCUAGACGAAGAGCUGAUCUUGAUUCUCAACAAUCUGAUGAGGAAAAUGCCUCUGUGAAUGAUUCUCAAAUGUCAAGUUUAGGUCCCUGGGGUGAUGAACCAGAAAUCAGAGAAAAAGUCAGACAACUAAAAGCAACUAAGGAGAAAUUACAACAAUUACAAGAUUUAGUGAGUAUGUGCCAACAAUCACCUGACUUAGCCCAAUCGCUACCUGAUAAUAUUACUGAAGAUGAUAGACCGUCACUAUUAACCGCUCAACAAACUGAAGAAAGAAAUAUCUCCCUUAGUGAGGGGGAAAUACCUAAUGAUUCACAGAGUGGUUUACCUGAAGCAGAAUCUCUGUUUAGUGUAAAAGAACAAAUAAAAGAAUUAUCUGAGUUGAAGAAAGAAAGAGAAAGAUUAUUAGCUCUACAGAAUCAACUUCAAUCUCUUCAAGGACAUUUCGAUCCAGAAGAUAAUGAUAAUAUAAGUGAUGAUGGAAAUGAUACAGAAACCAAUAAAAAAUCACGAUCUCAAUCAGAACCAGGACCUGUUGUUACUUUUGCCUCCAAUGAUGAACUGUAUAGUAAAAUGAGGAAACAGAGAAUGUUACGAGAAGAAUUGAGAUCUAAAAAGAAAGAAUUAGAAGCUAUAAUGAAGAAAGAUAGAAAUAAACGACAAUAUUUUAAAAAUCAAGAUAAUCAAAGUGAUACUGUCUCUUAUUCUACAGAUGCUUUUGGAGCAAGCGCCAGUGCUGAUGCUACAAUGGCGACUUGGGGUGGUUCAACUGUAGAUAAUCUAGAGAAUAUAACUGAAGGUAGAGAUGAUAAUGAUGAUGAUGAUGACAAUGACGAUGAAGAUGAUGCCUACCCUAGUGAUGGUAUUGUACAAGUAGAAGAGGAAGAAGAAGUCAAUGGUAGCGAUAAUAAUACCUAUACUAUAGAAGCUGAUGCCAGACAGAGACGAGCUGCUAGAUCUAAACCUACACAACCUGAUGUUAGACCUAAAGCUAGAAAAAUAGCCACCUUUCCUAGAUCACAGUCUGCUAGAGAAGAAGUUCUAAUGGCAUCACAGAGUGGUAAUGUAGGGAAGAAAGGAGCUGUGAGAAAAACUAAGGCUAACAAACGAACAAAACAAGAGAACUACCGAUCAGCAGAAGAAAUAGUACGAGAUGUAGAAGUAGAAGACAGUUCUAGAUUAGAUCUGAUACAACAACAAGUACAACAAACUUACCAAUUGUUACAAGAACAACAUCACAAUAAUACAUUACAGGGUACUCUGUCUCCUAAUACUAGUGGUUUAACAAUGGGAAAUCCUAUGAGACCAGCUGCAGGCAUGUAUCCAGAUAUGUUACAACAACAGAUGUAUCAACAGCAGAUGAUGAUGUCCAUAAACCAGUGUCAUCAACAACUGAACUUACAACAAAUAGAGAUGUCUAAUUUAAACCAUCAUAUCCAACAGAUUAGUUUAUAUAUACAGGAACAGCAACACCACCAUCAUCAUCACCCAAUUAACUCUACUACAGACGACAGAGAUCACAGUCGUUUAACACCUCUAGCUACUUCAUCCCAGACACAUAUCUCACCACAUCAUCAUCUACCACCACCACCAACAAGACAAUCUACUUUUACACUUAAUCCCCAGUUCCCUCUAUCUUUCGCUCCAGUAGAGGGCUUAUCACCACGUCAGCAUUCAAGCCACAGGAUAACGUCUAGUAGUCCUUCUCGUCAAGACGUGCCACAACCCCAGACUAACAAUCUACGUCCUAUACCACCUCCUAGGCUUGAUUCCUACCAACAGAAUAGUAAUGUCAACAAUUUCCUGGGUAGAGAUAGUCAGAGAGAUGCACGACCUAAAACUAAUGGUGAAUAUGGCAAACCAAAGAAAAGUAAAGACCGUCCAGAAGAAGAUUAUGAGAGAAGUAGUCAGGGUCAUGGUGGACAAGCAGGUAAAGAUGGCAGGUAUAGACCAGGGUUAAGUUCUGGUAUUAGUGGUACAGCAUUCAGUGAUAGUAAUAGUGUGACUGAUGCUCUAUCUGCUAGACUGGGAGAACCUAGAAACAGGGAUGGUGAUGCAAUGGAACUAUCUCUGUUUGAAACAUUACGAGAGACCAUUUAUUCAGAAGUCGCUACUUUAAUAUCCCAGAAUGAAAGUCGUCCUCAUUUUCUAAUAGAAUUAUUUCGAGAAUUACAACUAUUAUCCAGUGAUUAUCUGAGACAGAGGGGACUAUAUGCUAUACAAGAAUUAGUUUCUAAAACUUUAUCUUCUGAAGAUAAUCCCUAUGCAGUACAAUCUAGAUGGUCUAGAAAUGGUGGUGGUGAUAAUUUAACAGCUAGUGAAUUAACCCCUAGUGAAAGUCUUUUAACUUCUGAGGAUGAGAGUAAAGAAUUUGUAGAGAAGAAAAAGAAGAAACUAUUAUUAAAUCGAGGUGGAUCUUUGAAGAACAAUCAAUAUGAUUAUAGUGAACAAGCUGAGAAUACAAGUACUCUCUCUACACCCUCCACUGGUCUAGCGGAAUCUCCAUUUGCUAAUGAGUCAUUAGGUGAUACUGUUAUACAUCUUGAUAAGGCGUUAGAGAGAAUGAGAGAAAUGGAGAUGAAAGAGAUAGAGGAAGGUAGAUUAGAUGAAGAAUCUCUACAAGUUGUAUAUAACCGUGUACGAGAAGCUAGACAAGCAGCUAGAAUAUUAGAAGAUAAUAAAUUGGUUCCUGGAAGUGGUACUGAUAAUGGUAGUCAAGGCUCUAUUCCUGAUAUAAUGUAUUCACGUAUUAACAGUAGUCAGUUAGAUGAUCAAGUUAAAGAGAUAAUAAGAGAAAUUAUACCAGUUAUUAAAGAACAUACUGAUGAUAUCUGUUCACCACAACUAUUAGCUUAUAUUAAACGUCUAGUCUUAUCUUUAACUAGACAGAAUGACAGUCGACACGAAUUUACCUCGUUCUUUCAUUCUCAACUAGGAUCUAUCUUACACGAUUCACUGGCUAGAUUUGAAGGCAGAAAGGUUCGUGAAUGUGGUGAUGAUUUACUAGAUAGUAUGUCAGAUGCUUUGUAUGAUGAGUUAGCUUUCUUCAGAAUGAUGCAAGAUCUUAAUAAUCCUAAUCUAAAUAAUAAGACAAAAUCUAAUCAGUCAUCAAAGACAUCAAGUCCACAAAAAUCCCCUCUCCACACCCGAAUUGUCAAUAAAGCUGAUCUGAUAUCUGAUGAUGGUAAUGAUGUUAGUUCAUCAGAUAGUGAUGUUGAUAGCCAGAAUAAUCUACGAAUGUUGGUAGCUGAAGAGGAAAAUCUUGGCAAGGAGAGAGAUGAUGAACUAGCUAAUGAGAUGCCAAUACAAGAUGCAGAUGAAAAAGAUCAACAAUCAGAAUCUCCUUACAAAACUCAAGGAUUAAAGAUAGAAUUGGCUGUUAGUGAAACGAAACCCUUCACUAGAAUUGGUAGUGAUGAAGAUGAUGAUAAUGAUAGUGAUGAAUCACACAGUGCUGAAGAUCCUUCAGAAACAGCUGUAUCACGUGAUGCUAAACUAUCUUCACAACCUGAUAGAGCUGUAGAGAUUAAUGGUAACCUGACAUCACCUAGCAGACCAGUUACUAAUAAUGUAACAAGUCAAGCUAAUGGUAAUAUUAAUGGUAUACAGAGUGAGGAAGAUGGUGAUGUAACUGCUGAUAAACCUACUGUUGAUAACCAUACUACUUUGAUGAAUGGAGAUGUAGAUAAUAACAAUGAAGUAACAAUUGAUGAUUUACCUACAUCAUUAAAUAUAACUGUUUCGAAAGAAAUAGAGAAGAAAGUAGUUGAUGAACAGAAUGAAUUGACAGGAGAAAAUGGUAUUUUGUCUACUAUGGAACCACAACAGGAACUAGCAGGUGAUGGUACAGCUUUAAAAGAUCCAGAUAGUUUUGGUAAUUUAAACUAA